AUUGGCGCCGGCUAUGUGGGAGGCCCAACGUGCAGCGUGAUUGCCCAAAUGUGUCCAGAGAUCACGGUGACCGUUGUCGACGUGAACGAGUCCCGAAUCAAAGCCUGGAACUCCGACACGCUUCCCAUAUAUGAGAUACGUGGAACGGACGUCACCUGGAGAUAAGGAGCAGCAGCACGCCAAGCUUCCUCAUUGCCUUGCCCAAUUUGAAAGGUUUCAGCUCAUUGUGGUUGCCGGGUGUGGUCAGAAAUGUUGAGCUGUACAGAAUUUGAGAGGGGCUUCAGUUGAGUAAUUGUACACACGCAACCAUUUGUAUUUCAACACCGGGGGCGGGGUUUAGGGGAAGACUUCCAGAUGGCUCAUUGUUGCAAUUACAUCAUCACGAUGAGCGUGGGGUUGCGAAGCCCCAUUCGCCGAAAUGAUGGCCGUUCCUCUGCCCGCAGCCCGGCCUGAAAGAUGUGGUUGAAUCAUGCAGAGGGAGGAACUUAUUUUUCUCCACAGACAUUGACUCAGCCAUCAGGGACGCCGACCUUGUUUUUAUCUCCGUAAACACGCCCACCAAGACCUACGGCAUGGGGAAGGGCCGUGCCGCAGACCUCAAGUUCAUCGAAGCGUGUGCGCGGAGGAUCGUGGAGGUGUCCGAUGGCUACAAGAUUGUCACGGAGAAGAGCACCGUCCCGGUGCGAGCCGCCGAGAGUAUUCGGCGCAUCUUCGACGCCAACAACAAACCCAGCCUCAACCUACAUGUGCUGUCCAACCCGGAGUUCCUUGCAGAAGGAACGGCGGUGAAGGAUCUGAAGGAGCCUGACCGCGUCCUGAUUGGUGGCGAUGAGACGGCAGAGGGUCAAAGGGCAAUCAGAGCGUUAUGUGCCGUGUAUGAACACUGGGUGCCCAAGGCCAGAAUCAUCACCACCAACACGUGGUCGUCUGAGCUGUCCAAACUGGCGGCCAAUGCAUUCCUGGCGCAGCGAAUCAGCAGCAUCAACAGCAUCAGCGCGCUAUGCGAGGCCACCGGGGCCGACGUGGAGGAGGUCGCCAAGGCCAUUGGCAUGGACCAGCGAAUUGGAAGCAAGUUUCUCAAAGCCAGCGUGGGUUUUGGUGGAAGCUGUUUCCAGAAGGAUGUGCUCAAUCUCGUCUAUCUGUGCGAGGCCCUCAACCUGCCUGAAGUGGCCUCCUACUGGCAACAGGUGAUCGAUAUGAACGAGUACCAAAGGCGGCGGUUUGCCUGCAGGAUCAUCGACUGCCUCUUCAACACGGUGACGGGCAAAAAAAUUGCUCUGCUGGGCUUCUCUUUCAAAAAAGACACAGGUGACACAAGAGAGUCGUCCAGUAUUUACAUCUCCAAAUAUCUGAUGGAUGAAGGGGCCAAACUGUUCAUCUAUGACCCUAAAGUUCUUAAAGAGCAAAUCAUUCAGGACCUUUCUCAGCCCAGCAUCUCCGAGGACAAGCCAGAAAGAGUUUCAGAGCUGGUGACAGUGACCAGUGACCCUUACGAGGCUUGCAAGAGCGCACACGCGUUAGUCAUCUGUACCGAGUGGGACAUGUUUAAGGAGCUGGACUAUGAGAAGAUUUACAAAAAGAUGCUGAAGCCGGCCUUCAUAUUUGAUGGUCGCAGAGUGCUGGACCACCUCCACGCUCACCUCCAGGACAUCGGCUUCCAGAUUGAGACCAUCGGGAAGAAAGUGGCAGCAACACGAAUCCCUUACACCCCCGCUGCUGUGUGUCCUCGCAUCAGUGCCAGCGAGCCUCCUGGCAAAAAAGCUAAAAUCUGAAACUGUUGGCACGCAACACAUUCCUCCCUCAACCUUUUAAUUGGACGUUGCUGUCAAAUCCUGCUUUAUAAUCCAAAGAGAGCCGGACCAGCCAUGUGAUUUAUGAUUCCGUCGUACUGGGUGGACGAGUCCAAGCUUCGGUUCCAAAUUUUGGCUGAUCUCGCACGUUUGUUGUGGUUGAAACUUUCCACUCACAAAAAUGGUUUAUUGAAUUCACGAGUAUUUAUCAAGCAUAUUUUACAUGUAGUCAAGUGAGUCUUGAGAUAAUCUAGUUUUUUUACAGUCACAUUCCAACAGUUUUAUAUAUUUUUUAUAAAUCAUAAUGCUGUAUCUGUGACUCCAUGGGCCAAUGCAAUAAAAUGGAACAAGUCCUGAA